AUGUUUGGAACAGAAACCCAGAAAGUGAUAAAAAGAAGAGGAAAGAUGAAGAUGAGUAGCAGGAGAAUAUGUUACGGGGAAGUGGUGCCAUUUGUGGUGAUGUCAUUGCUGCAGUGUGGUCAAGUGUUGAUGAACAUAUUGUUCAAGAAAGCUUCCACGGAAGGAAUGAACUACAUGGCCUACGUCUUCUACUCUUAUGCCAUUGGCGGCCUCGUUCUCCUUCCCUUCUCCUUUGUUUUCGAAAGGAAGAAGCUGCCGCGUUUCAAUUGGCAGAUCGUUGGCAGACUUAUCCUUCUUGGGUUUCUCGGCUACUCAGGACAGGUGCUGGGAUUUAAGGGAAUUCAGUACAGCUCUCCUACUAUGGCUUCCGCUAUGAGCAACCUGACACCUGCAUUUACCUUCGCGCUUGCUGUACUAUUCAGGAUGGAGACAGUGGAAAUAAGAAGCUUAAGCAGUUGGGCCAAAAUUCUGGGCACUCUACUUUCAAUUGGAGGAGCACUGGUGGUGGUCUUGUUUGAAGGGCCGGUACUGGCCAGGGGCCACCAAGGGUAUGCUACAUCAUAUCAGCAUCUAAAUUCUGCCCAUACCGAUUGGGUUAUCGGUGGCCUCCUCCUCAUGGGGAACUAUGUGUUUUGCUCUCUUUGGUACAUUGUUCAGACGCAAGCUGUCCAGACAUUCCCAGAGAUGCUUUUAGUGUCUCUGUUCAAUGUAUGCGUGGCUGUUAUUGCGGCACCAGUUACAUUGAUUUCAGAACCACAUGAUGCAUGGCAAAUAAGUUCUAAAAUGAUGUUAUAUGCAAUACUAUACACUGGACUAUUUGGAAUUUCCUUCGCCACAUCCCUUCUCACCUGGGGUCUGCAUCUAAAAGGACCCGUAUAUGUUGCUUUGUUUACCCCAUUGUCUAUUGUCAUUGCAGCAAUCAUGAGUGUUAUAUUCCUUGGCGAUUCACUAUAUCUUGGCAGUGUGAUUGGAGCAAUUAUAAUAUCACUAGGAUUUUAUCUUUGCAUAUGGGGAAAAGCAAAGGAAGAGCUGAUAGAUGAAUCCUUAAAUUUGGAAGCUGAAUCUGCAAGCACUCCUCUGUUAUUUACAAGGAAAAAGAAAAGAGUAAACUGCUCAAAUGGUCCUUUACAUUUAGCAAAGAUUCAGGAGAUAGUGACUACUGGAAAGCUGUCAAAGUUGGAGCACUUUGAGACGGAUGAGAAGGUUAAGACAAUUAGUUUAUUUGGAGAAGUGUGGGGAAUUGGUCCAGCCACUGCGUUGAAGCUCUAUGUCAAAGGACACCGGAAUUUGGAUGACCUGAAAAAUGAAGAGUCAUUGACGCAUUCACAAAGAGUUGUCAUUGUUUGCGGAGGAUCUUAUAGGCGGGGAAAGUCAUCUUGUAGGGAUUUAGAUGUUGUAAUUACCCAUCCUGAUGGCAAAAGUCAUAUAGGUUUUCUCUCAAAGUAUGUGAAGCUUCUGAAGGAGAUGAGGUUCUUGAGAGAGGAUUUGAUCUUCAGUGUUCACAGUGAAAAGGACUCUCAAACAAGGAGCCUUUUGCUUUUAGGUACAGAUUCAGGGGUAGACACUUAUUUUGGCCUUUGCACUUCUCCUGGAAAAGAGUUGAGACAUCGUAUAGAUUUUAAGGUGUAUCCAAGGGAUAUAUAUGCAUUUGGCCUGAUAGCUUGGACAGGAAAUGAGGUCCUAAAUAGAAGGUUGAGACUCCUAGCAGAGUCCAAGGGCUUCCAGUUGGAUGAUACGGGGUUGUUUCCUGCUACCCACGGCUCUGGUGGUAAACGGCUACGAUUUGUCACAGGACUAUGCUGCUGCAUCCCGCAACUUGUUUCCUUCAACUUAUCUUGGCUUUCUAUUUUUUAUCCAGGUGGACAGAUUCCUCUGCUCAUAGGAAACCUGAAAGAGCUUCGAGUUUUGGAGCUCUCUUGGAACAACUUUAGUGGUCCAAUACCAGAAAGCAUUGGUAAUCUAUUGAAACUUGAAGAAAUGCACCUUGGUUUUAACCAUUUCUCUGGUCCUUUUCCUUCAAGCAUCGGAAAUCUCACUAAACUUAAAUCCCUAGAUCUUAACAGAAACAACAUUUCUGGCCCAAUUCCUGAGUCUAUUGGAAAUCUCACAAGCCUUACUAGCCUAGAUCUUAGGUCAAACCAAAUUUCUGGUCGAAUUCCUGGGUCCAUUGAUGAAAACUUGAUCAAUUUGGAGACCAUGUUUCUAGGAAGUAAUGUUAUCACAAGGCCUCUUCCAGAGAACAUUGGCAACAUGCAAAAGCUUGUAGAUGUUGAUCUGUCGAACAACAAAUUACAGGGCCCAAUCCCCGAUUCAAUAGGCAACCUGAAAUCGCUGAAACGUAUCCUACUGAGUUCCAAUCUUCUCACCGGAAUCAUACCUUUGUCCUUUGGUAACUUGCAAUCACUUAGUGUAUUGACACUUGGUAAUAAUCAGCUUGAAGGCGCUAUCCCUUCCAGUUUUGGGAAUAUGUCUUCAUUAUCAAUUUUGGAGCUAGGUGGGAACAAGUUGGCUGGUACAAUACCGAGCUCUUUCGGCUGCCUAGCAAAUCUUGUGGAUCUAAGUAUUGAUCAUAACAUGAUUGAUGGACCAGUGCCGGCAUCUUUCAGAAACUUGACAAACCUUGCUAGAUUGGAUUUGAGUUACAACCAGAUCAACUCUGUUCUGCCUGAACCAUUAGCAAAGAUUCGGUAUUUGUCUGCGCUGAUGCUGCAGAAUAAUCAGUUCACGGGUACAAUACCUCAGACAUUCUUGAAUCUGAAGAAUCUUGGAGAGUUGAGUCUCUCAAAUAAUCUUCUUUCAGGUCGAAUUCCUUUCGGGAAGCCGCUGAUUGAUUUUCCUCGGAGCUCUUAUUCAGGGAACAAGGGAUUAUGCGGCGUACCUCUUGAACCUUGUACUGGUAGUUCUUAG